AUGGAUAAUAGUUACAACACAAUCAGAGUACCUGAAAAUCUUUUAACUUUAAAAGGUGAUGAAUUUUUUCAGUUUAUCAAACAAUUAGGUGGUGAAAUACUGUUUGAAAUAUUGUAUAUUCAAUUAAUUGAUUCAACCGAAGCGUUAAUGAAAACCAAUAAUAUUCUCGAUAUGUUUCAAUAUGAUUCACCAGAUAUAAAUCGUUUACGAAACAAGAUAUGUUUCAGCACGGUCAAUGGUGAUUAUGUUCUUAGAAGUGGAGUGAAAGCAAUUUUGUUGUUGUUAACAAAUAUAUUGAAUGAAAAAAGAAAACAACUUGAAAAUUCUAUUAUCUAUCAGCACCAAGAACAAGAGCAAAUUUACAGUAAAAUAAUUAAUCAAAAUCCAUUAUUAGAAUCUCUGAUUAACUUGUAUCGGCAGAACGAUACAUUACACGAUAAUGAAUCGGGAUUUUUGAAAUUAUUUAUUGAUUGUAUUAUGAAAAAUUUAAAUAAAUCAUCGAAUAAUUAUCGUUAUUCUAAAUCUGUUGAAGAAUUUGCUAUAUCAUUGUAUAUUCUUGGUAGUAAAAUUACCUAUGAAUUUGUUAGAUUGAACUUAUCGCCUGCUUUACCUACACAAUUUCUCUUUGAUAAAUUAAAUGAAUAUCUUAAUGGAAUUGGCGUUACAUAUGCAUUUGGUGCAGAGGAUCGCACGGAUAUUAUUCAAAAAAUAAAUUAUGAUCAAAGAACAAACUCAUUUAUUGGAUUUUCUACUCCACUAGUUAAUGGAAUACCAGUUUCUAAGUACUAUCAGACUGAUUCUUUCGAAACAUUAGAAUCAUGGUUCAAUUCAUCAGAUAAAGCAUCAUUAUUAAAUAUACAUAUGAUACAGCCAUUACCAUUAUCAAAUAACUCAAGUAUUCCAUCUGCAUUUCUACUCUCUGCUUACGCCGUUGUGAACACUUAUACUUCCAUUGAUAUUUUAAGACGGUGGCUAUUUAUUUUUGAUAAUUGUUUGCAGAGAAAUAUUCGGAUUAUUGGUUUCUCAACAGGUAGGGCCUUGUUUUUUAUUAUGUGGCUUCUUGUACACCUAGUUCGUUUAGAUGGAGAUGCAAAAUAUCUUCGAGCUAUGAGGUUAGCAAGUGGAUUUUUUUCAUCAUUACCGUAUUUUAAAUUAGAAGAACGCGAUGCAGCAUUUGAUUUAACAGCGAUAGUAACAAAAUGGCCUUGGUUUUAUUUGAGAGGUAGGCAGGUGCUAUUAUUUUUUCAAGACCCUAUUCAUUUAGCCACCAAGUGGAGAAAUCGUUUGCUGUCUUCGACAGCUAGGCUUCGCUUCGGUGUGCAAUCCAUUUUAAUGAAACAUAUAAUUGAUAUUUUAGAAGAUUCUGGUUAUUCUAAAUUAGAUCAUGGAUUAACACUAAGUGAUUUAAAUCCAAAAGAUAGACACAAUUUAAAAUCAUUUACAAAAAUAGUUACGAAUGAUGUUUUGUCUAUAUUAGCUGGUAAUAGUGAUACUUAUGGAGCAUACAUUUAUUUAUAUAUGUUGCAAAAUAUAAUAUCGGCUUAUAUUGAUAAAAGUGCAAAUAUUCAACAACGUUUAAAAUCUUCCUGGUUUAUCGUAUUCAUAUGUCGUUUGUGGUGGGCUUGGAUUCAGCAUAAAAUUUUUAUCCCGACAACAACUUCGACAACGACAAAAAGAAAUAGAAAAGCAAACUUUUUUAUUACCAAAACAGCGUACUUAUCGGUAGAAUUGAAUGCUCAUAAUAUAUUAUACAUUGUUUUGCUAGUGAAACAAAAACAAUUACCAAAAGAAGCAUUGAACAUCUAUCUAUUUAAUUCACAAUCUUGUGAAUCAAUGUUUCGUAAUGCCAGAUCAUUAACUGGUGUUUAUUCAACAAGGAUUAACUUCACCGCUGCUGACUUUCUGAACCGCUCGAACAAGAUUUCAAUAUUAAAUCAAAUCAAAUGUGAUCAUUUAUUGCAACAACAUGAAAAUGAACAUUUAUUAUUUCGUAUUCAUCAUAAGCACAAAGCUUAUAAUCGAUUACUACCUUUAAUAAAUUCAGAUGAUGUUAAUCAGCUUGAUAUUGAAAAUAUUAUUUCUGAAGCGUAUAAUGAAGCAGUUAAAUUAGUGGAACAUUUAAAAGUAUCAAAAUUAUUGCAGCACAAUGACAUAUUCGAUUUCAAUUCAUUAAGUACAUACGUAUUUCGGCAAUUGAAAUCAACUUCCAAGAUGUUUGAUUAUUCGACAGAAAUAAUAGAUGAUCAUGAUAAUGAAUUUGAUCUUGAAGAUGAAGACGAAGAAGUAGAAAAUGAAAAUAGUGAUGUCAUGGAUCAACUUGAUGAUAAUGAACAGCUAAAUGAUGAUCUGACUGAUGACCAAGUUGAUGAUUACUAUAAAAUAAUGACAAGAAAAACAGAUAUCAUUGGCAUGAAAAUUUUUGAUGAAAUUGAAACUUGUCGACGAGACUCUUAUUUUAAACUGAAAAUUAAUGACAACUACAAAUAUAUUCAUAAGCAAUCAGCCUGUUGGCUAUUAACGGAUAAAAAUCUCCGUUUAUCAAAUGACCGACUUUCUCGAGUUAUUCAAUCAAGUUGCAGAUAA